AUGCCUUCCUCACUGCAAUUCCAAAGACCCAUCAAUAACUCUUCUAAUUUUUAUCCCACAAACACAUUAAUCCAACACAAGCAAUUCCAAUCCCACGCCGCGGCCGCAGCUGCAGCGGAGGACUUCACGCGCCUCCACGCUCACAUGAUGUUGCCCAACCCCAACCAGUGCUGCUCCGCGGUUGUGCAGUCCAUCGAGGCCCCCGUCCCCACCGUGUGGUCGGUGGUGCGGCGCUUCGACAACCCACAGGCCUACAAGCACUUCCUCAAGAGCUGCCAGGUCAUCGACGGGACGGGCGACGUGGGCACACUACGCGAGGUCCACGUGGUGUCGGGCCUCCCCGCGGGGUCCAGCACGGAGCGCCUCGAGAUCCUCGACGACGAGCGGCACGUCCUGAGCUUCAGUGUCGUGGGUGGGGACCACCGGCUCGAGAACUACCGAUCCGUCACCACGCUCCACGACUCGCCGAGUGGACUCGGGACCGUCGUCGUGGAGUCAUACGUGGUGGACGUGCCGCCGGGAAACACCAAGGAGGAGACGUGCGUGUUCGUCGACACCAUCGUGCGCUGCAACUUGCAGUCGCUGGCUCAGAUCGCGGAGAGCAUGGCCAAACCAUCCACCAAGAGUAACAACAACAAACCCUCAUGA